UCGCGUGUCGGAGUACGCGUGGGGUGCGAUUGCGCUGGCUUCGUUGUACGAACAGCUGAGUCGUGCAUCCCGCAGGAAGACAGCGCAGAUCGGUGGGUUCACCUCCCUCGUGCUGUCAUGGGCGUAUGAGUACAUAUCCAGCAGCGUCAUUAUCAGGACGGAGGUCCCCGACUACACACAGGACCAGCCUAGGGCGCAGCGGUGGUCCACGUCUCGGAUCGCGCAUUCCGGACUCGAUGAGAGACGAGUCAUGCUCGAUGAGCUUACAGUGGAUGAUAUCACAUGGACCCCUUUUGAGGACCAUCGAGAUGUUCGACCGCGGGAUCCCAGGGCCCUCUAUUCCGGCUACAUCCGGACACCUUACGGCCGGUCUGUGAGCCGACAUCUACCAGAGCGGGUUAUGCGCCAGUUUGGCUUCAUACAGGACAUCCCUCGACACCCCUCUGAGAUCCAGACGACGGGGUCCCUUGCUGAGACCACAGAUGCUGCCUAUGCUGAGUUUGAGCCGCACCUCCGCCCUCAGGGGAUACCUGCUACAUAUCCGGGAGAGGCGGUGGAGGGUUACAUGAGGUGGUAUAGCAGAGUGUCACAUGUGUUCAUCAUCCCUGAGGAUAGGAGGGAGGAGCUUAGUGCCGUGUCUGCCAUACGUAGGGGUGUGGAGUUGUUGGAGCAGUCCCUGGAGGUGCCAGGUGCUCUUGCUCCAGGGACACAGCCCCGGAUCCUCACGGAGAGGGCGCUCGAUCUCUUUCGACGGAGUUCCUUCGUUGGUACCCAGGGAGUUGCCUUUUCUGCUAUUCGAGGAGCCGCAGCUGCGGGAGGCAGAGCUCGUGGAGGCAGAGCUCGUGGAGGCAGAGCUCGUGGAGGCAGACCCCGUGGAGGCGGAGCUCGUGGAGGCAGAGCUCGUGGAGAGGGUGAUCCUGGAGAGGGUGUUCGUGGAGGUCGAGCUCGUGGACCCAGAGGUCGCAGGGUGUUCGUGGAGGUCGAGCUCGUGGACCUGUGA